AUGUCUUCUGAAGGCUUUCUGAAGGAAAUGCAAACCAUUGGUGAGAAGUUUCUCCUUAAGCUCCAGAAACUGCCCAAGGCUGACCCGGUGGAGAUUGUGUCCUUUUGUGUGGUUCUUCUGUUUAUCGUUACUGUUCUGCUGCUCAUGAUCAUUGCCUGCAGUUGCUGCUGCUAUAGUUGCUGUAGCUGCGACGGACGUCCUGACCACAGACGUAGGAAGAUCCAAGUCCGCCCAAUUGCCCAUUCGUGAAGUGCAACAAGAGGUGACACAACCUACUAUCAAGGACACGCAUGGACAUCAUGAUUCAGUCCUACAGGAAGGACUUUCUACACUAGCUCGCUGAAAAUGGCAAUAACAAUAUUAAUUAAUAUGACUCAGAGGACCAGAAAUCACAGCAUGGAAUUCCUUCUUUCUGUGACAGCCACUGCUGGGCUCCGUGGCGUGACCAGAAAGCAGGGUGGAAGCCAGCAUGUCAUCAGUACAAGAGGCACCCUCAGUUCUGGAAGACCUAAAGAGACUGAUUGUAACAAGUGACUGGGCUCUUGGAGGGCUAGUGGUGAUUGGCACCUUCUGUCUUGUUUUUGUUGCUCUCCUCUUAUUUGCUGCCAUCUUUGGGUGCUGCUCAUCUCCAAGGCACAGAGUGGAGCAUAAACAGCGAAGCUGAG